AUGUCCAAACUAAGUCGCAAGGUUAAUGUUCUGAUGCCGGAACCAAUUACGCUCAUGGAUGAUGAGCGAUCGAUCCAGGAGAGUAUGAGUGGUGAGGCAGAAGAUGCGUCAGACCAAAAUUUCACUUUCUUAAAGGCCCAUGUCACUGAUUGCACAGUGGUAAACGGAGAGAACGGUUCCAAGUUUGCCGUUUGGAAGGUUUCGUUAGUCUUACAAUCGUUCGAUCACAACGGUGCCUAUCGUCCUUGUAUCGACGUCUACAAGAGAUACUCUGAAUUUCAUAAGUUCAGAGAGUCACUGGUACGAAAAUGUAAAGAAGCAAACUUACACACAGUUGAUAUCCCAAGGCUGCCGCCUCGAGUGAAGUGGUACGAAACCUGGAGGUAUCAAGAUGUCAAUCUCAACAAGGUUUGGCUAGCCAAGAGACGACAGGGACUGGAUUAUUUCAUGAACAAGGUUUUGCUUAAUAGUACACUGGUUUCGACAGCUAGAGAUCUCAUCGUGAAAUUUCUCGAGGAAACCGCUAUCACCAAAUCUAAUUAA